AUGGCAAACCGUCCAAAUGACCACUCCAUCAUCUUCAGAUUCCCAUCAGCCAGCCUGUUUACGCUUCCUCCAAGCCAGUCAUCUGCAAAGUCCAACUCACGAAUGCCCCCAUCACCUCCGUCAAAUGUGUUAGCAGCGUCCGUCGUCCAGCGGAUCGAAAUCAAUCCCCUCUUUUUCCAACUUUCACUAGACUUGGGAUGUGUCCUCACCUUUACAAUACUCUAUGUUUCCACCGGUCUCUACUUGAAUAGGGUCAAUGUCCAUCGACAGUACAGGCCAUGGAAGUUCACCCGCAGUCGUUGGUUCAAGACUAUCGUUAUAAUGCAUAACGCCUCCCUCGCACUUUUCUCAGGCUGGACUUUUGUGUCGUUGUUUUACAUCUUUAUGCCUCUUUUGCGACUGGCGAGAGCAGAAGCCGGCCCGAACUAUUACUCGCGCUUGGCGGAGCUACUUUGCGAGACGGACUCUAGUGCCUAUCAAGUUCUGUCCAUGGGAAACAGCCUCUGGGAGGCAGGUGGUAGCUACGUGGGCUGGUGGUUCUACAUUAGCAAAUUCUACGAGAUUGUCGACACAUUAAUCAUCCUCGCUCGUGGGAAGAAGAGUUCGACUCUGCAGACCUACCAUCAUGCCGGAGUGAUUAUUUGUGGCUGGGCCACCAUCGUUUAUGAAUCGCCUCUGGGCGCGAUCGGCGUCUUUUUAAAUUCCGCCAUACACACCCUGAUGUACACAUACUUCACUCUCCAGACACUUGGUAUCUCGGUUCCGAUGAGCUUCAAACGAACCCUGACCAAGCUUCAGCUUGCGCAAUUCUUCAUCGGUUGGAUAUGGGGCUAUACAUAUCUCUUCAUGAGCUAUCGAAUUCCUCCCCGUGCCAGUCCCAAUUCCAGGCCAAAUGCUAGUGAGGUCGACAGCAACGGAUUCCGACCGUCAGAGAACUUGACCCGAUUGCAGCGGAAAGAACAAGCGCAUCUGUCACACGCGCGAGACGCUGUAAACGCUUCUGUCGAUGCAGUAUCCUGCUUGAGUGACAGCGGAGAGGCGUUUACUAUCGUGGUCACAAGCAUCUAUAUUGUUCCACUGAUCUACCUUUUUAUUCAAUUUUAUCUGCAAUCAUACAGAAACGGUGGCCAAAAAUCCGGCGUUGGCCAAGGAAAGAAGGUGACCUACUAG